CGUGUCGUCCUCCGAGUUUCCUUUCCCGGGAUUGAAAAAUAAACAAUCACUGCUUCAACAAGACCAAGAGCUCCUGCAGCAGCGACUGAUUCUCGCGCCAGCCGGGAGCCUGCCGAUCUCCCCGGCUGGGGAGCAGCUGCAGCAUGAUGCACCGGAGCCUGUAUCCUGCGCAAAUAUAUCGUAUUCGUAUGAAAAUUGCAGUCAUGCAUUACAAGUCUUUUCUUUAAGGUAGAACCGCAUUACAAAUUUUAUUUCUCAUGCUGAGGAGAUUUGUAAUGCAUUUAUAUGAGGACGAUACUUUUGCAAUGCAUAGCCUGGGUUUUUUGACCACUCGCACGAAUCGAGCCCGGCACGGUCGGUG